AUGGUUAAAUACGAAAAAGGCAAAGAAGCAAAAUAUGCGGAAACUGUUGACGAGGAAGAGAUGGGUCAAAGAGUUGAAGGCCAAGAAAACUACUGGGACAAGGAACCGGAUAUUCCCGUUCACGCUUCCGUAUUCGUUAUCUCCCAGCCGUUCUCUGCCAUCAACCCCACACUGCUCCCGGAUUCGUUCGCGGAUGCGCAAGACAUUUUCGAUGAAUUCGAAUUCCACAUCGAGUGUGAAGUAAACGGCAGUGAUUUACCGCCAUUGAAAUAUUUCGAAAUCGGAUGCGCUGGAUAG